AUAGUGAUAUAAAAAUGUAUUGAACGAUCUAUAUGUAAAUAUUUGAUGCAUGUUAAUAUAUAAUUUUUCAAAAUAGUUGAUUCGAAAUAGCUAAUAGCUUUUUUUUUUUUUUAAUAUUUACGUUAUCUACAUGAUAAUAUUUUUAUAAAUUACUAAACUAAUAAAUUAGGAAUCGUACAGAUGUGACGUAACCUCAAAUUUUCGAAGCAACAUUACAAAGCAUUUAUUUAUAAAGCAUUUCAGUAACACAAAUCAUUUAUUUGGUGCAGAUGAUCUCCCUUCAAACGUUAGCAAAAAUUGCUAGUAUUACUGGUUUUACAGUAGCUGGAAUGGGAUAUGCAUUUCGCUUCAAAUUACAGAAUGAGCUUCGUGAAAUUAAACUGUAUAAAGAUGGAAUGCAAUAUUUAUACAAUCAUCCAAAAGCAUUAGAUUUGUUAGGAAUUCCAAUACAAGAAAAAAGAGUGAAUAUAAGUGAUGAGAAAAAAAAUGGAUCAGAGAAAAAUAUUACUUGGCUUACAGUUCCUGUCAAGGGAUCUGAAAAAUCUGGGGAAUUACGUAUCGAAGCUUUUGUAGAUGAAGAUUCUGAGAAAAAAUUGAUUGCCAAUAUUUAUAAGGUAGAACUGACGAUUAAAGAAAUACCUAAUAAAGUAUUUGUGAUCAAAGAUGACAGUUCAUUUGUGCCGAAUAUAUCAUAGUUAGAUUUGUAAUAUAUUAAUUAUAAAAAAUGACUCUAAUGUAAUUAAUAUUUGUUUAUGUAUAUAAAAAAAAGGACAUUUAUGUUCGCAAUAAAAUAGAUGUUUAUUUCCAUGUUA